AUGCAACGAUCCUGGCCAGCGAAUUACGUGCUACAGACGCCGAUAUUAAGGAAGCUAGCGGCUGCGAAUGAGGAAGCGUGGUUGAGUGCAGCGAGCACCGCAGAGGCUAUGAAUGAUGCAGAGAGAGCUCUAGUUAGCUACCAGAAUGCUCUAGUGCACUCACCGUACUCAGUAACCGCUUUGAGUGCUGUCGGUGGUAUUUAUCGGGCAAGAGAGAAUUAUCCAAAGGCCAUCGAAUUCUACCAAAGAGCCCUCAACGUUCACCAAGAUAACGGUGAUAUUUGGUCGUCGCUCGGACACGCUUACUUGAUGAUCGAUGACCUCCAAAAGGCGUACACCGCCUACCAACAAGCCCUCUACCACCUCCCUGCCCCUAAAUUACAAGAUCCAAAGCUCUGGUAUGGCAUCGGCAUCCUCUAUGACAGAUACGGCAGCCUCGAACACGCAGAAGAAGCUUUCGCUGGCGUUAUCAAGAUUGCUCCCGAGUUUGACAAGGCUAACGAAAUCUAUUUUAGACUUGGCAUUAUUUAUAAGCAGCAACAAAAGUUCGCCACUAGCUUGGAGUGUUUCAGGUACAUCCUCACAAGUCCCCCCAAGCCUCUCUCCGAGAUCGACAUUUGGUUUCAAAUUGGCCACGUCUAUGAACAACAGAGGGAAUUUUCUUUAGCCAGGGAGGCUUACGAGAGAGUCCUUUUGGAGAACCCCGAGCACGCUAAAGUUUUGCAGCAACUUGGUUGGCUCUAUCAUCAGACUUCCUCCAACUCCUCCAACAACAACACCAACAACUCUGAUCAGGAACUCGCCAUCCAGUACCUUACAAAGUCUUUAGGCGUUGACCCCACUGACCCUCAAUCCUGGUAUCUUCUCGGCAGGGCUUACAUGGCCGGUCACAAGUUCAAUAAGGCUUACGAAGCUUACCAGCAGGCUGUUUAUAGGGAUGGCCGCAAUCCCACUUUCUGGUGCUCCAUUGGUGUUCUUUAUUACCAAAUCAAUCAGUAUAGGGAUGCUCUAGAUGCUUACUCCCGCGCAAUUCGCCUUAACCCUUACAUUUCUGAGGUCUGGUUUGAUUUGGGUUCUUUAUAUGAGAGUUGUCACAAUCAGAUCUCAGACGCGAUUGACGCGUACGCAAGAGCUGCCGAUCUCGACCCUACAAAUCCGCACAUCAAGCAGCGUUUGCAGUUGUUGAAGAAUGUUCAGGCUAACGGGGGCUCUGUUCCAGCAGCACCUGUGCCUCAGGAUGUACACCCCACUGCCUACGCCCAACCACAAGCUGUGUCCAAUACCACUGCAAACAGCGACUCUACUCCGCAGUAUCAACCUACAAUCGAACCCUCCGAUGGUAUGCAGCGUGAGCAACGUGAGCAUCAGCAGAGAGUGAUGCAGGUUCAAGUCCAAGCUCAGGCUCAGGCUCAGGCUCAAGCUCCACCUCCAACUCAACUUGCACCGCCAGGAAGAGAUGUAGAAAUGGAGCAAGUACCUCAGUACGCUGCUAUCCCCGCUAGACAUAUCACUUACCAGCGCAACUCUCCCGCUGCACGUUCGGCCGACCAAACACUCGUCAGUUACGCCCCUCAAUACGAUGAGUCGGGUAGGCCAAUUGUUGAUUGGGAGGGCAGACCGGUUUCUGUGCAAAGGUAUCACUCACCUGUCGCCCCUGAGAGUAGGAGAGGUUCUAAUUCGGCGCAGGCUUCUAUGCAGUCCCCCAAUAAGCCUGCUCAUAACGCUCACCCUCCACAUCUCUCCCAGUCAUAUGAUAGAAGUGUCGGAGUCGGUGUCAAUGGCGCGCCUCGUUCGCGUUACGAUCCUCGCAUGGACCAGCGUGAGCAGGUGCAGCAAGUGCAAAUACAACAGCAACAAAUCCAGCAGAUGCAAAUGCAGCAGACAACUCAGCAGCAAGUGCAACAGCAACAUCACCCACAACACAAAAUUACGAACGCUCAUCAGGAAUCACCACCUCGCAUAACACCGGCAAAGUCAGCGAGAGGGCGCAAAUCACUCGCACAGGCGCAGUUGCAACGCAUAGAGAGCAACGAUGCGGCUGCAUACACACCGCCCGCGCUGGAUGCAGGUGCUUACGCUCAGGUUCAACCACGCAGACCCACUCCGCGUGGCCGCAGUGGUAUGAGUGGAGGAGUGUAUGGAGUGGGUGCUGGAGCUGGAGCUGAAGCAUCUGGAGCACCUGGAUCAGUGGAAUCGCCGCAGAGAAACACACACACACACAAUCAAAGCAUGGCGAAUAUGAAUAAUGUUAAAAAUGUCAAUGUGCGCGCUCAACAACAGCAAGCGACAGCAGUGCAUUUGCAUCCACGGGCGCAUCCACAAUCGCAGUCGCAGUCUCAAUCUCAACCACACUCUCAUCAAGCAAUCGCAGCUCCUUCUACAUCCACCUAUGCGCAAUACGCAAACCACAAUAAUGGCCGUUACAGCCAGUCGCCGCAGUCAGAAGACGAUAGCAAUGGUGCAACGCUACACAAAGCGCAUACUCACACUCAAUCUCAACCUCAUCACACUUCAUCAUCUGCCGCACCUGCAGUUCCGCCCGUCGCGCGUUUUGUCGACGAGGACUACGACGAGGGUGCAGCAGAUGCGCUCAUGGGACUGGCAGGAGCGGCAGCAGCUUCGGAUCGAAUGGCGAAUAUGGAAAGCAAUGCGAAUGUGUCAAACAAGGCAGACACGAACACGUCCUCAAUGAGUGUACCACCGUCAAUACGCGAAAUGCGUGAUGUGGAUAAUGAACCAGAAGUGCUUCAGCCUACACCGCAUCGUCUCAGCGUAAUGCAUGACAGCAUCGGCAUGAAGAAGCGACAUAAUGGAGAAGUCGAUGGAGUUGAUACACGUGACGCACCAGUAUCUGCAUCUGCAUAUGACGCACCAGAUACAACCCCACAUGACUCUCACCUUCCUCCUAAUAAAAGACUCAAGGAGGUACACGUCGAGACUGACCCAGCGGCAUUCCCGCGCAAGCAUAGCAUGAAUACUAUGGGCACUGUGGGGAAUGUGGAUGAGGGGGAUGAGAUGGAGGAGGAUGAGCUGGAUGAGCAGGGGCAGGGAUAUGAUGAGAAAGAUGACAAUGAGCAGAAUGAGAAAGACGAGGAGCAGCAGCAGCAACAACAACAACAGCAACAGCAACAGUCACCACACUAUCAACAUGACCCACACCCACGUCAACCUGACCAAGAAAGGCAGGAAAUGCACGAUAUGCACGACAUGAAGGAUACUCAGUGA